AUGACGGACACGCGGACCAUUAGCUUCCCACGUAGGACCUACAAGGAGGAGAUAAGGGACAAAGGAACAGAGCCUCAAGAUCGCUCGCUAGGCCUUGUUAUACAUGUCGCUCACCUCAAGUGGCAUGUUAAAGUUGCUUUUCAAGGCACGCUUCAAUCUGCCCCGACCACCACCUUCGCCAGGGUAACAAAACGGCGACAAGAUCUCGAGAACCUCUGCAGUUGCAUCGAUUUCGACCUGAUACCCCUCUUGAAUAACACGGUUACGGAACUUGCCGUUACGCGCCAUCACGAUGCCGCUACUCAAGGCCAGAGACUACAGUUAAAGGGGGCGCUGGAUACGGAAAGCGAAUAUGCCCCUAUUGUCGACCAUCUAUGGUUCCAUAUACGAGAAGACCCAUUCCGGGUGCGGUUUCCGUUCUACGAUAGAUGCGGCAGCAGCACCCCUACAAAGGACUUGUCGGAAAUUAGGAAGAAACAACAACUUAGUGCAGGCGUAUACCAGGUCAGCGUUGAUUACGAUGAGACUUUAUACGUUUAUAAGGAAGUAGACCGGCCGUUUUAUGAACCGAGGGAUAGCGAAGCGUUAGAACAAGAGCUGCGAAACUUGGAACUAUUACGCGGAACUAAAGGUGUUGUGCGGCUCGUUGCUGCCGUCGUCUCGAAAAAUCCAUAUCAAACUGCUGAGACUGUAGGCAAUACCCCGACCGUACUACGAGGGAUCCUGCUGGAGUAUUACCCAAAUGGUACACUUCUAGAUGCUUUGCAAGCGUCAAAAUCCAAGAUGGACUGGCCGUGGCAACGAUUCGCGGUUCAGAUCGCCAGCACCCUUGCCUAUAUUCAUAAGGCUGGCAUAACGCAUAUGGAUUUAAAGCCUCAAAAUAUUGUUAUCAGCGUAGACUUCAAUGCUAUAUUGAUCGAUAUCAGCGGAAUUGGAGGCGUAACUCACGAGUGGCUGUCGCCGGAGAUGCGAGACCUACCUGACCCUCUGUCUCAAAAUAUCGAAUCACGGAUACAGAAUGAUAUUUGGGCACUCGGGACGAUGUUAUCAGCAAUGGCUAGUGCUUCAAGUAAUGAAUUGGAGAAACAGCUACUAAGGAGUGUUGCCCAAGGUGCUACAGCAGAUGUUCCUCCGCGCAUUUCUCUCCACGAUGUACGUAGUAAUUUCCAACCUUUCACAGCUUAG